AUAAUAGAUUAAAGUAAAAAUGACCUAGAAUGCUUUUACUUUGACGUCAGUCUGUGGUUGACCAAGUAACUUUAGCUAGCUCACCUCGUUCAUCUCUGAGGAGUGUUUUUUAAGCUAGUCCACCGCCACUGACCGCUUCUACAUGAUUUUUCAGGGUCGAGAUUUCCUCAGAUGUUUUACAUCGCAUUCAGCUCAGGAUGCAAGUAUGCAAACCAGCUGCAGACAUCAUGAAGCCUGUUGGGAAUACACUUUCCUCAAAUCUCUAGUCCAUCAAAGUAGUAGCCUACUCUUCCAAAUAAGCGAGGGAUGCACGCGGCAAAAGGUGUGUGCGUGUAGUGUGAGCGAGAGACAUCUGUGUGUGUGUGCCCGUGUGUGUGUGUCUGGAGAGAGAGACAUAGACCGAGCCCCUAACACGGAGCAUGCCUCUGCGUCCGGCAGCCGGCAAACAUGAGCCACCCAGCCCUCCACGGCAGGACCAGCAGCAGCAGCAGCACACACACACACACACACACUCACACACACUCACACACCCUUGCACACACACAGCAAACGGCAGCCAGGGGGCCAGCACUGACAGCGGCAGCUCCCGGGAAGAGGACAGCGGCGUUCCCAUUCCUGUCGGUGUUCCGGCUUUCCGUCCCGGUGCAGAGCGGAGCCACAGUGCAAGAGCACCCAUGGAGGAGCCGACAGGCAACACCGUGGUCAUCCGCAUUGGAAUCCCAGACCUACAACAGACGAAAUGUAUGAAAUUCAAUGUGGAUGCCCCGAUCUGGCUGUCAAAGCAGCGGAUCCUGUGUACUCUCAACCAGAGCCUGAAGGAUGUACUCAACUAUGGCCUAUUCCAGCCAGCCUACAACGGCAAGGCUGGCAAGUUUCUGGAUGAGGAGAGACAGCUAAGGGAAUACCCCUUCCCAUCCAUCGCUCCUGUACCUUACCUGGAGUUCCGCUAUAAAAGACGUGUCUACACCCAAAGUCACCUGGAUGAAAAACAGCUGUCUAAGCUCCACACCAAGGCAAACCUGAAGAAGUUUAUGGAGUAUGUGCAGCAGAGGAACAUUGAAAAGGUCUCAAGGUUCCUGGAAAAAGGCCUGGACCCCAACUUCCAUGAUCCAGAAACAGGAGAAUGUCCUUUAACGCUGGCAGCACAGCUGGAGGGAUGUGGAGAGCUCAUCAAGGUGCUGAAAAGUGGAGGGGCGCAUCUGGACUUCAGAACAAAAGAUGGCAUUACUGCCCUACACAAGGCCGUGCGCAGCAAGAACCAUACAGCGCUUAUAACACUGUUGGAUCUGGGUGCAUCCCCUGACUAUAAAGACAGUAGGGGUUUGACUCCUCUCUACCACAGCUCAAUGGUAGGAGGAGACCCCUACUGCUGUGAGCUGCUUCUGCAUGAUCAUGCACAGGUCGGCUGUGUGGAUGAGAAUGGCUGGCAGGAGAUACACCAGGCCUGCCGCUAUGGCCACGUGCAGCACCUGGAACACCUGCUGUUUUACGGAGCUGACAUGAGCGCCCAGAAUGCAUCUGGAAACACCGCCCUGCAUGUGUGCGCGCUCUACAACCAGGAUAGCUGUGCACGAGUUAUCCUGUUCCGGGGGGCCAAUAAAGAGAUAAAAAACUACAACAGCCAGACCGCCUUUCAGGUGGCUAUUAUAGCAGGAAACUUUGAUCUGGCUGAAAUCAUAAAGGUCCACAAAGCAUCAGAUGUUGUGCCUUUCAGGGAGACCCCCUCCUACACCAACCGUCGACGUGCGACGCCUGGCCCCCUGCCCUCGCCACGUUCUUUGCUCCGCUCUGCUAGUGACAACAACCUGAACGGGGACCACGAUCACAUCCACGGUCAGGCCCCCAGAGAAAUUCGUGGCCGUCAGGGCCACUCCCCUGUCCCCUCACUGCGCAGUCUGCCAGCUUUUGGGCAGCAGCACAGUAGUCUUGGAGAGAGCCGUCAUGGAGAGAUCCCUGACAGCAGUCUCCAGAGUACAGGCAGCUCCAGAUCCUCCCAUUCCCGCUCGCCUUCGCUACAUCACAUGCAUGAAGAAGACAAGCCGGUUCCCAGAAGGUCCCACAGCCAUGGUUACCCUCAUGGACACGGCCAUCGUGGAAGACUCAGCCCUGGCUCAGUGCAGCGAGACCCAAGCCCCCCUCAUCACACGCCUCCAGCGCUGACGGGCCCCCGCGGGCCCAAGCGAAAACUCUAUAGUGCUGUCCCGGGACGUACCUUCAUUGUGGUCAAGCCCUACACGCCACAGGGGGAGGGAGAGAUCCAACUUAACCGUGGAGAGAGAGUCAAAGUGCUGAGUAUAGGGGAAGGAGGUUUCUGGGAAGGCACUGUCAAAGGGAGGACAGGCUGGUUUCCAGCAGACUAUGUGGAAGAGGUUCAGAUGAGGCAGUUUGACCCACGGCUAGAGACUCGGGAGGACCGCACUAAGAGGCUGUUCAGACACUACACUGUGGGAUCCUACGACAACUUCACUUCAUACAGUGACUAUAUCAUAGAGGAGAAGAAUGCUGUUUUACAGAAGAAAGAAAAUGAGGGGUUUGGCUUUGUCCUCCGGGGAGCCAAAGCCGAGACGCCCAUUGAAGAGUUCACCCCCACCCCAGCGUUCCCUGCCCUUCAGUACCUGGAGUCUGUGGACGUGGAGGGAGUGGCCUGGAGGGCUGGUCUGAGGACAGGAGACUUCCUCAUUGAGGUAAACGGGGUGAAUGUAGUGAAAGUGGGCCAUAAGCAGGUGGUGUCCUUGAUCCGGCAAGGGGGCAACAGGCUGCUGAUGAAGGUGGUGUCUGUCACACGCAAACCUGAGUCCGAGGAAGUCGUUCGCAAGAAAGCUCCCCCACCACCCAAGAGAGCUCCCAGCACCACCCUGACACUGCGCUCUAAGUCGAUGACCGCUGAGCUGGAGGAACUGGCUUCUGCUCGGAGGAGAAGAGGAGAGAGACUAGAUGAGAUGUUGGCAUCCCAGGAGUCUAUCUUGCGUUCUCAGACCCCGGAGGCAGAUUACAGAGCAGCUACUGUCAAACAAAGGCCUACCAGCAGGAGAAUAACACCAGCAGAGAUCAGUUCACUGUUUGAGAGACAAGGGAUGACUCUACAUGGAGGUCUUCACCCAGGCAUUGAGAGAGGUCACAUACCACUACCAAAGGGGAUGUCCAGGACCAAGUCAUUUGGUGCCACUGAGGAGGAUCAGCUGUCAGCCCUUGCAGGGGAGCACAGAUUUCCCCGCAGUUCCUCUAUGACAGACAGCCUCCGAGACCACUCACAGCCCCAUCCCAUCCCUCCACCUCCACAAAUAGCACCUCCUCCUCCACCCACCUACUAUCUAGACACUGGUCCUCCCCCAGCCUUCUGUCCCCCUCCUCCUCCAUCUAGGACCCAGAGUCAGGGCCAUGAGCCUGGGGGACGCUCCAGCUUCAAGCCCUCCUCCUUGGACCUGCCUUACGAGGCUGCUCAGCGGCAGGCCACACAUUUAGAGAGACAGAAGAAAGCCCGCUCCAUGAUCAUCCUCCAGGACUCUUCCCAUCUACCUGUAGAAGCUACAGAAAUUCCCCGUCCUUCUGCUGCUACUCCACCUGAGCGAAUCAAAAGGAAGGGACGGGUUAUUGACAACCCUUAUGCUAAUGUUGGUCAAUUUAGCAUUGGACUGUACACUCCCACCAAGCCACAGAGGAAGAAAAGUCCCCUGGUGAAACAACUACAGGUGGAAGAUGCACAAGAAAAAGCAAGUUUGGCCUUAGCUGCUGCCCAUUCCAGAGAGAGCUCACCCUCAGGACGACACCCUUAUACCCAUGGACAAACACACACCAGCCGUGCAGACUACUACCAGCAGCAGCUGAUGGCUGAGCGAGAGCGUUUGCGUGCCCAGGGAGAGAUGAUGUUUCAGGGUAAGGGACCUUUCGCUGCUGCAAUAGCUGGAGCAGUGAAGGAUCGUGAGCGUCGCCUAGAAGAACGAAGGAAAUCCACUGUCUUCCUUUCUGUUGGAACCAUGGAGGGGGCGUCUACCACCAGCUCUGACUCCCCCUCUCUGACUCAGUCUCACUCCAUCGAUGAACGGAUGCUCACCCGAGAGCUGGGACAGCUGCCUCCCCCUGCCUUGGCACUAAGCCCCUCACCUAGUGGGACCACCUUUAUCCAUCCGCUCACAGGAAAGCCCCUGGACCCCAACUCUCCAUUGGCUCUUGCGCUGGCCGCAAGGGAGAGAGCACUGACCUCCCAGAGCCAGUCCCCAACUAGUAGCCCAGAACCUAGGACUAAACAGGAGCGGGCUGGCCAGGGAGUAAUAUUCAUUGACCCUCAGACCAAAGAGUCUCCACAUGGGGAAGGGGCACCUGCAACUCCCCCUUUUUCGCCUAAAAGCGCCAAGGCAGCGGGGUAUGGUGUUGGAUCCUCUCCAGUAUCUAUUUUAGUUCCCCAGCCCACCAAACCACAGUGGGCCACAUCCCCAUCCCCUGUAUCAUUCCGGCAGGAAAUGGAGGCCAGAGUAGAGGAAAGGAAGGAGGAGAAGAGACUAGAGGAUAAAAAAAGUAUGUUGAUCAGUAUUAUGGAUACGUCACAGCAAAAAACAGCAGGGCUUAUCAUGGUCCAUGCUACCAGUAACGGCCAGGCUGUCGGGGUGGGUUCAGAACUAGUCUCCCAGCCCCAGGCCAAGCUUCAGACCCAGCCUCAAACUCAGCGUCCUGCUAGUCCAGCCCAAGAGAAGAGUCUGGCUCAGGGAAGCUCCGAGGAGGAUGUGGAUCCUUACACAGUGACCCUGCCCCCUGCAAUGUUGUCCUCCAGUGAUGAGGAAACUAGAGAGGAGCUACGUAAGAUUGGAGUUGUUCCACCACCAGAUGAGUUUGCUAAUGGGCUCCUGGCACAGGCACAGGGGAUGCCAAUGUCCCCAACUAAACCUGUCUCCUCUCCCACCACCCCUACAACAACAACACCACAAACUCCCUCAACCCCAACAACCCCAAUGGUGACCCCCACCAAGCCUCAGCCUCCCCAGCCGGCACCUCCACCCAGUGCAGCAGCUGUCUCAGGGAAGCCCUCUGACCCUCUGGAGCCCCCACCGGUGGGCGAGUCUGGCUCUGCGGCUGACUCAGGCGUGGAGGAGGCUGACACGCGCAGCUCCAGCGACAGAGAGCGAGACCACCACCUCGAGACCACCAGCACCAUCUCCACAGUUUCCAGCAUGUCUACAUUGUCCUCAGAAAGCGGCGAGCCUGCCGACACACACACCACGCACACCUCCUAUGCCGACGGGCAGACUUUUGUGCUCGACAAGCCGCCAGUGCCUCCUAAGCCCCGACUUAAGUCCCAGAUAGGAGGCAGUAAAGGCCCCGUCACCUUCAGGGACCCUUUGCUGAAGCAGAGCUCUGACAGCGAGCUGCUAUCACAACAACAGGCUGCUGCCCUGGCUGCUGCUGCAGCUGGAGGAGUUGGGCUUCCCUCUGGUGGUUCAGCCUCAGUGACUGGACUUGCCCCCACCAAGCCGCGCUACCUCUUCCAGCGGAGGUCCAAGCUAUGGGGGGACCCAGUGGAGCCUCGUGGGCAAGGGGUGGGGCUAGGUAUUGGGAGUUUGGGCAAUCUUGGUGGGCUGGGACUGGGGCUGGGUGUAGAUGAGGGAGCAAAACCAUCUGUUAUGGGUGAGCUCAGUUCACGACUACAGCAGCUAAAUAAAGACACUAGGUCACUGGGAGAGGAACCAAUGGGAGCAUCACUGGACCCGGGGAGAAAGUCACCUGUGGCAGGUGCCAGACUUUUCAGCAGCCUAGGGGAGCUCCACACCAUUUCUCAAAGGAGUUAUGGCACCACAUACACCAUCCGCCCUGGCAGCCGUUACCCCGUCACCCGACGCACCCCAAGCCCAGGUUCAGGCUCACCUGAUCGGGGCGACCCUCUUGGAAGAUUUUCGAGCUUUGGCCUACCGACUUCACCAACUACACCGCCACAAACCAUCCUCAAAUCCUCAAGUCUCAGCCUACCCCAGGAGCCUAAAGAGGUCCGCUUUGUAAUGAGGAGCUCCAGCGCCCGAUCCCGCUCUCGCUCCCCAUCCCCGUCACCUUCCCAUUCCCCUGGCCUGGGGUCACCACUUUUAGCCCUCCGACCAUUCCACCAGAAACCCCUCCACCUCUGGAAUAAGUACGAUGUCGGCGACUGGCUGGAGAGCAUCAAUCUGGGGGAGCACAGAGCAGGGUUUCAGGAGCAUGAGAUCGAAGGCUCUCACCUCCCAGCUCUAACCAAGGAGGACUUUGCAGAGCUAGGAGUGACACGAGUCGGACACCGCAUGAACAUUGAACGAGCACUAAAAAUGCUGCUAGAGAGCUGACCCCUGCCCUGAGACACAGCAACAGAUGGAGAGAAAAAUGAAGAUAGAGCGGGCAAGAUAUAGAAUUGAUAAAAUAGAAAAGAUAGGGGCCGCUCCUCUUUUACUCCGGCUGCUUUUAUGUUCUGCAUCACAGAUGUUUACCUGUGUACCUUAGCAACACUUCAUGUUCCCGUUCUGCAUUAAUACCCUGCACUUAGCACUGCACUGAAGAGGUGGAGUCAAUACAUUUGGCCCCUGUCCUCGGCCCUUAAUGUCUGCCCACCUCCUUGCCUGCAGCCAAUUAGAUCAGACUUCAAAAUGGGCUCUGGUCUUUCUUUGCCAAGGAGAAUAGCAUGAGCUCCAAUUAAAACAUUUGAUUUGUGAAAAGCUUCAGUUGUUCCCUUACUAACACCCACACUUUCUCUCUCACCAUUCCCUCCUCUCCUCUCUACCUCUAUCCCUCCAUCUAUUAGGCCUCUGAAAGCCUUUUGCAGUUUGAGUAAAGGAGGAGGAGGAAGAAUUUUCGUUCCAAACAGAAAGCUCAGUUGCCUUUCAAAAUAUUUAUACAGAGAUCAACAAUGAUGAACACAGGACUAUGGACAUAGUGCUGACACAACUCUGAAAAGGUGUGUCCCCUCUAUACCUGCUGUUGUUUUUAAACCGAAGACUUUCGAGCCCAGAGGUGGCGCUCCACCAAGUAAACCACGGGAGAAAACCAAUACGCCUUGGUACCCAGACUGUGCUAUCUAAUAUAUUUGGAGAAUGUUUAACCAACACUCGUGGCUUUUUUCAUAAUCAAUUUUUUUGGUUUUCCAAAGGGAAUAUUAUAUAUAGGUAUAAUAAAAUAUGAUAUAUAUGUAUCUAAAUAUAGCUUUCAGAAGAAAAGACAAUAUUGCAAAGAGGAAAUGUAAUAAAUUAAUCUGCGCCUGUUUUUGGUUUUUAGUAUAGAAGGCAGAGAGAAGUCUUUAAAUUUAUUCCACCAAUAGUUUACUCAUUUCUACCAAUUAUAUACAUAUACAUAUACAUAUAUAUAUAUAUAUAUAU